CCGUCCUUCUCGGCACCCAGCUAUGGAACACCUUCUUCGUGGGUAUCACCAUGUUCAAAAGCUUGCCCCGACAGACCUUCGGCAAGGUGCAGUCCAAACUCUUCCCGCAGUACUUCGCGCUGACGGCAGGUUCCAACCUGCUGGCCCUGGUGACCUUAGCCCUGGCGGGUGCCGCCGCCACCGCCCCUGGAGUGCGGGCUCUCGCGGCCCUGGGUGUGUCCUUGGCGGGGCUGCUGGUCAACUGGCUGGUGCUGGAACCCAUUUGCACGGGCCUUAUGUUCCAGAGGUACGACAUCGAGAACCUGCCGGAGAAGACCGACGCGGACAAGGAGCGCAUUGCGACGCUGUACAAGCAGUUCGGGAAGUGGCACGGUAUCAGCAGCCUAGUUAACCUGGUGUCCUUCUGCGUGGCGGUGGGUCACGGCUGGUUCCUGGCGUCGUUGUUGGUGGUGGCGGCGUGA